AUGGAACAAUUAAGUUUUACGAGUAUUAAAGAAAAAUUAGAAAUUAAAGGCGAUAGAAAAUUAAUAUUGGACAUAAUUGCGGAUGAACUUACUUGUCCAAUUACUAGACAAAUAACGGGGGAUUUUUUAAUUUUAACAUGUGGACAUUCUAUUAUUAAACAAGCAGGUUACUUCGAUAAAUCAUCUGAAGAGCGACAAAUGUCGCUGAAUCAAAUUUAUACAGCAGCUAAAGCAGAACAACAAGAAGACUAUGAAGCAGUUAUACUGUGGCUAACCCAAGUUAUACAAAAAGUUAUUCAAUUUGACGUAGAAGAGCAUUCACAUCUUAUAAACUUAAAAUGUAUUCGAAAGCUAACGAUGAUUUAG